AUGCAUCUCUCCGCCCUCAUCCCCGCAACCCUCGCCCUCCUCUCGGCCAUCCCACCAACCCACGCCGCCACCGCCACCUCCUCCUCCCUCCACUACCGCCUCCGCGCGCGAGUAACCGGCCCGCAAAACGCAACAACCCCCGCCGUCUCGGGCUGGGCGCUCGAGGUGCAACGGCUGGGGGUGCCGACGCGGCUGCCCCCAGACUACAUGUGGGGGGUGCUCAUCAACGCGACCUUCGCGCCCAGCCGGGGCGGCGACGUCUUCUACGCGCAGCGAACCGGGAACGGCACGUCAUCAUCAUCAUCGCACAUCCGGACCGACGCGCCGAACAACUCCGGGGAAGUGCUUCCGUUCGGCAUCACCGCGCUGGGGCGGAGCGCGUCGCAGGACUACCCGAUGGACGGCGUGGAGAUGAGCGCGGUGCGGUACAUCGACGUGCCGCCGGAGGAGACGACGGACGUCGCGGUCGGCGCCGGCGGCGUGCCGUUCGUGCACAAGCGCGCGGGCGGAGGGGAGAAUGGGACGUUUGCGGCUUGUACGGGGCUGUAUAGCGAGUGGGCGACGUUGUAUUGGAUCGACGUGGCCAAGUACGGGACGGGGCCGAUUUACAGCACCGGGGCCGACUAUCAGGAUUGCACGCCGGUUGAGCUGGUGCCCGAGUGCGUGGCUGGUGGACCGAGCUAUGAGGGGUUGGAGGAGAGGCCCUGCGUUGCGGAUGUGACGACGGUUUUGUAA